CACUCUUGUUAUUAACCAAGCAUAGCUUAUACUCAACUAAACUUCUUCAAAUUGUCUUUUAUAGAAUUUACUCAAGAUGGUGUUGGAGGCUAAUAUGUUGUUAAUUGACAACUCUGAAUGGAUGAUUAAUGGAGACUAUAUACCCAAUAGAUUUGACGCUCAAAAAGACACUGUACAUUUGAUAUUUAAUCAAAAAAUCAAUGACAAUCCAGAAACUAUGUGCGGUUUGAUGACGAUGGGUGACAAUAAUCCUCAGGUGUUGAGUACGUUGACAAGAGAUUAUGGAAAAUUUUUAUCAGCAAUGCAUGACUUACCUGUUCGUGGUGACUCGAAAUUUGGAGAUGCGAUUCAAAUUGCUCAACUUGCCCUGAAGCAUCGAGAAAACAAGACUCAAAGACCUAGAAUUGUUGCAUUCGUUGGAUCCCCUAUCGUUGAAGAUGAAAAGAACUUGAUUCGCUUGGCGAAGAGAAUGAAGAAAAAUAAUAUAGCUAUUGAUAUUAUCCAUAUCGGAGAACUCGAAAGCGAAGGUGCAUUACAGCGUUUUAUUGAAGCUGCAAAUUCGAAUGAUAAUUGCCAUCUUGUAACUGUCCCCCCAAGCUCGCAACUUCUUUCAGACUUGGUGAACCAAUCUCCAAUUGGACAAGGGGUUCCUGCUUCUCAAGGACAAUUCGAAUAUGGUGUUGAUCCUAAUCUUGACCCCGAAUUAGCUUUGGCUUUAGAGCUUUCCAUGGCCGAAGAACGGGCUCGUCAAGAAGUUGCUGCCCAAAAGCCUGCUGAGCCAUCUGAGCCAACCGAAGAACAAAGCGAUAAAAAAAUGCAAGAAUAAUUUUUAUUUGUUUGCAUGUCUUUGGUUGAAUGCUAAUUAUUACUUACGACAUAUCCGAAAAUACACACCAAUCGGUACGGUGGAAUCAAUUUUGUUUAUACAUGAAAGUGAAUUAUCCAUGUGCAAAUUAGAAAACGUGUUAGAACUCGAUGUUCUUGAAUGAAUACUUGUUUAUGAAAUUUGAUACUUACUAUUAUGUCUCUGACUAUUUUCUGUGUUACAACUAAAUUUUUAUUUUCAACAGAUAAAGAUAUAUAUUU